UUUUAAAUGACCCGGUUCAACAAGUUCCACCAGGAAUCCUCUUGUUCCCCAAAUUAAAGAUAUUGUUUGCAGUUAAUCACCUCCGAAUCUUGCUCAAUUUUGUAUUUUAUUUUAUCUUAUUUUCGUGCGUACCGGUGGCUAAGUUGAAGGAUUACGUGAUGGAAGAGGAGGUGGAGAAGAAAGCUGAUCGAUCUGAAGCACCAAAAGCUCCCCCAGAACCAGAGAAUGGAGCUGAGGAGAAGAUCGUUAUAUCUGCUCCCAACAAGAAGGUCGCUUUCACAACUGAUGUGGAGAUUACAGAUCCUGUUGAGAAAGGCUCAGGAGAUCAAACAGAGAGAGAUGAUGUACUUGCCCGAGUGGAAGCAGAGAAGAGGAUGGCUUUGAUCAGAGCUUGGGAAGAGAGUGAAAAAUCCAAAGCUGAGAGCAAGGCGUACAAAAAGCUAGCUAUCACUGGGUCCUGGGAAAACACCCAGAUAGCUUAUAUUGAGGCUCAGAUAAAGCAAAUUGAGGAGGAAACAGAAAAGAAGAAGGCCGAGCAGGCAGAGAAAAUUAAGAACAAAUUAGUAGAAAUUCAAAAGGAAGCUGAAGUAAAGAAGGCAACGAUCGAAGUGAAACGAGGUGAAGACAUCAUCAAGGUACAAGAGGCAGCUGCCAAGUUCCGCGCCACCAGUUAUGUACCGAGGAAGCUCCUCAGAUGCUUCGGCAGCUGAGUUUCCUCGACCAAAAUUGAUUCAAGAAAAAUGUAUAUUUGAAAGUACAAGCAUGCUUACGUUCUACUUUUGGCGAUCCGAGGCUUUUCAAGGACUCUGCUUGUACAGUUAAUGUGUGUACAAUUUUGCUUGAACAGGUUUGAAGAUUUGUAAUACAGGCUUGUGAAAUCAUGUAUCAUAUGAUAUAUAUAAGGGGUCGAGACUCGAGGGUUACCCGCCAUCAACCAAAAUAGGCUCAUAGGAAUGAGAUUUUUUUGCCAAA